CUCCUCUUGAGUAAGCAUUUUCCAGUGAAGCAGCCUCACAACUCCUUUUUCCUUCUCUUCCAGAAUCUCAGAGGAUUUUAAAAGAGGCUCAAAGACAUGUCCUCACGUACAUGGAGGAUGCAGUGAGCCAGCUGCUGGAGAACAGAGAAGAUAUUAGCCAGUAUGGCAUUGCCAGGUUCUUCACUGAAUACUUUAACAGCGUGCGUCAAGGAACACACAUCUUGUUCCGUGAGUUCAGCUUUGUUCAAGCUACUCCUCAUAACAGGGCAUCUUUCCUUCGGACCUUCUGGAGGUGUUUCCGUACAGUGGGGAAGAAUGGAGAUUUGCUGACAGCACAGGAAUACCACUGCCUGCUGCAGCUGCUCUGCCCUGACUUCCCAAUGGAACUCACACAGAAAGCAGCAAGGAUUGUGCUGAUGGAUGAUGCUAUGGAUUGCCUGAUGUCAUUCUCUGAUUUCCUCUUUGCUUUCCAGAUCCAGUUCUACUACUCAGAGUUCCUGGAAAGUGUGGCUGCUAUUUAUCAAGAUCUGUUGGCUGGUAAGAAUCCAAAUACUGUGAUUGUACCAACAUCAUCCUCUGGGCAGCAUCGGCAGCGCCAACCCCCCAGUGACUGCAGCCCACUGGAUGGGGUAGAGGCAUCUCUGUUCUACCAGUGCCUAGAGUCCUUGUGUGACAGAUCAAAAUACAGCUGUCCACCUUCUGCUCUUGUGAAGGAAAUGCUGAGUAGUGCACAGAGACUGACCUUCUAUGGAUUCCUUAUGGCACUUGCGAAGGAUCAGGGGAUCAAUAGAGCUCUAGGGGCUUUGCCAGAUAAAGGAGACUUGUUUGUGGACCCUGCCAUGGAUCAUGAACUUGAGAAAUUGGUAGCUCAGGUUUCAGGGCUCUCUGUCUCCGGUCCCACCAGCUCCAGUGGGGAUGCAGCCAAUUUGCCUGUGCGUAACUCACCCCGGAUGAACUGUCCCUGGAAACCUCUCCACCAUCGGCGAAAAAUGGAUGCUGAGAGUGAAGGCUCCAAUGAAGAGACAGACUCCUCUGAGAACUGAAGGUUGGGAGGGUGGGCAACAUUCCCGUCUUGGCUUCUCCAGAACCCACUGGAGAAGCAGCAGCUCCUCGCAGAGCAUCUGCUCUGACGGUGGGUUCUGUCCACACCACCAGUAUGUGUGUGUGGCUGUGCUGGUCCCCUUUACCAGGUCCACCCGUCUCAUCUCAGGAGGAACUUUGCCUUUUUCCUAGCUCUAAACUCAUGCAGGAGCUGUUUCCAGCUGCAGGGUUCUGCUCCCCUCUGCUGGCAGGCAACAUAAACCAGCACCCGAUAGCUCUGCCCUGCUUGCAAGCACUGGAGCUCUCCCUCACGGUUCAGCAGUUGCUAGAGCAGUGGGAGUGCCGGUGCAGGCUGCUUGCCAGUGUUGUGUUGUGUAGUUGUGUUCAGGCUUGGCCUAGACAAUAGAAGGGUUAAAUCACCAGUGGCAGCUCUGCACUCCUGCUCCCUUAUUCACAGUAAAGCUGCACCUGCAUGUGAUCAAAGGUAGCAAAACUCCUAGAAAAGGGCUUAGGUAUUGCCAUGCCACCUCUCUCUGCUUCCUUCUCCAUGCAUCCAAGACUUGCCAAAGCAAAUACAGCAAAUAAUCUAGGCUGCAAUAAGUACUGCAUGGCACUGUGUCCUCUGCUGCACCAAGUUCCCUUCUGUGAAGCCUCCAAUAGCAUAUUUAGAUCAUUUGGAAAAGCAAGCUUCAUAGGGGGGUAGAGGAGACAGAGGCAAAAAGUCAAUUCCUUGCCCCCAGGUUGUGUGGUGUGCAAAUACACAGAGCAUCUGCUGGUGCUGGGGGGGCAGAAGCAUGAGGGGAGCUGGAAACAGUUCUCAAAUGAGUCCUGGGUAUUUUUUGUCAAUAUCAGCAUUGUAGGAUCAUACAUAUUGGCAUGCAACCCUUUACAACUACAGAGAGAAGCAGUAUCUCAGGAUGUUAAUGGCAACCAGUGCAGCAGGUUGGCCUCCACAGCCAUAACACUUGCUCUGGCCUGGCUGCUGUGUCUCACCCUGCACAGACUCACUCUUCCCUGGGGGGCUUUGCUUCCUCUUGGUUCUGUGGGAGCCUCCAAGCACCUGCUGUUCCUGGAACACUGCAGCAUGGACCACCAGG